UUCCAUUUGAAAUUCCAUCCUCCUACAUCUUUCUCUCUCAAUUACCCUCACUUUCUCUCUUCCCAAACAGCUCUCAUUUCUAUGCUAAAGAGAUGUCGGGCAUGCAGGGAAGAAGAGGGUUUCUAAAGAAACUCAAAUUCAACCCUACAAUGAUCAACACUUUGAAACAAGGCUUAGUCUUUCAUCAGCACAUUGUCUCCAACCAAAACUGCAAAACAAACAUCGUCGAUGUCAAAGAUCGAAAAGACGACGAAUUCAACGUCGAACAUCCGUGUUUGACGGAUUUCGAAGAGAAAAGUCCGCCAGACGGCAAGAACGCGGUCGUUUUCUAUACGACGAGCUUACGAGGGAUCCGUAAAACAUUCGAAGACUGCAGCAGAAUAAGGUUUCAUUUGGACAGUUUCAAGGUAUCAGUCCAAGAGAGAGAUGUUUCAAUGGACAAGGGCUUCAGGGAAGAGUUGUGAAACAUGUUGGGCGGUCGUGUCAUCCCUCCGAAGCUCUUCGUCAAAGGCCGAUACAUCGGCGGAGCCGACGAGGUCGUCGGACUUCACGAGCAAGGGAAGCUGAAGAAGCUGUUGGAAGAGAUACCAUCGAGUGGCAAUAUUAUCGCCAACAAUGUGUGCACUUCAUGUGGCAAUCUGAGGUUCUUGAUUUGCUCCAGCUGCAAUGGCAGCCGCAAGGUUUAUGAAGAAAAAGACGGUGAUCAUGGCCAUCAUCAUGAGUUCUGCAUCAAGAAAUGCAAUGAUUGUAAUGAAAAUGGAUUGAUUAAAUGCCCGACUUGCUGCUGAAAAUUACAUGCUGAUGUU